AUUUACAUUGAAUAUCGAUCCGUUUUUGAAAACUAUACUAUACAUCUAUUCAAUUAUAUAACUUCAAACUAAACAAUCAAAAUUGAAGAGAAAAUAAUUAAAGGUGAGAAAAUGGCAUCAUCAUUUUCUUCUUCUUUACUGAUUUUAUUAUGUCUCAUAGCUGCUUUUUUCACGAGUCCAAGUACGAGCAACCCUUUAUCCGACGUAUGUGCCAAGUCCAAAAAUCCAGGCUUAUGCUUGAAAGUCUUAGAAGGAAAUUCUCAUCAGAAUCUUCAUGACUUAACGGAAACAGCCAUCAAUUUAGCAGCAGCAAACGCCUCCGCCACGGCGGCCAAGAUCAAUAUGCUGUUCAAUCAAACAAAUGAUCCAAAACUGGAAGAGAUAUAUAACUUGUGCACAACUUAUUACAAAGCAGCCAUUAGAACUUUGGGAAAUGCUGAACAGUUUUUGAACAUGGGCCAAUACCAGAACUUAAAUACUGCCGCGAAUCUUGUUGGACAAGAUGCUUUUAAUUGUGAGACUGCAUUUGAAGUGACACCUGGAAUUGUCUCUACUAUUACUAAGGACAAUGAUGAUCUUCAGUUUCUUGGUACCAUUAUUGUUGCUGCUGCAGGUUUUCUUACUGGCUCGUCUCCUUAGGAAAAUGCCUAGAGAGAGUGAUAGGGUAUAAUAAAUUCUCUACUAAUUUAAAAACGAUGUAUGCAAUAAUACUACUCUAGAAACGUUUUUAUAAAUGUUAAUUUAAUUUACAUUUAGGGAUUGAAUUUUCAAAUGGGGGUAAUUCACCGUGAAUUUGAGUAAAUUUUGGAUGAAUUAGUUAGACCCCUAUUGAAACAAUAAACUAUA